AUGUCGGCCCAAUCUCAGGACAAUGCAGGCACGUCUCAGAUCGGCCUUGAUUCCAUCACCCUUGGCCAGCUCAAGGCCAUGGUAGGCUCUGCGCCAAAGCCCAAGGCAUGUGUCCAGUCCUAUUACGACUUCAAGUAUGACGACGAGGACACUGUCCUCAACGAGAUCGAAGAGUUUUACUCCUAUGUGGAGAUGCCUCAGGUAGCCGAAAACCUCAAGGCCUGGGAAGGCUCAUUUCCCGGAGUCUGGAUUGAAAGCGCGUUCACACAGCGCAAGGCGCAUGUCGAGGUGCUGCUCGAGAGCUUGGAGCACCGUGACGCGGAGAUCAGGUUCACCAACGCGCGCAGGCUGCUUUACGUGUUGCAAGGCACGUUUGCCGAGACGACGUCGGCGGAACACCAGCUGCACUGGAUAUUCGAGAACUGUAAGGUUGUCCGGGCGGCCAACGGCUUGAGCAACAUUGUUGAAGCCAUCAAGAUCGCGAGUUCGAAACACGACUUGUUAUGUAGUCUAUCAGAUGCAGAUGCGGCGCGUUUCAAUAUUUCCGCACAGGAGAAGGUAGAUUUCAUGGAGGAAGUCACGACCGAACUUUCCGUCUAUCUUGCCAUGUUGUAUCACAUGGUGGAGGUAUUCAAAGGGCACGAUGAUUUCGCUGAUGAACUCAUGAGCCUCGAGCCUCCGCUCCCAGUGUACCUGUUCAAUGUGGUCGCCGGUCUUCGUGACAAGAGCGCCAAGGGCUAUCCAGUGAAGAAACUCCUCUUGGUGCUCUGGAAGACCCUCUUGACGUGCUGUGGCGGCAUUCGUGAACUCACACGUGUCAAGAAGGUUGCUCGAGAGCUAGCUGGGCUGCCGCCGGUGCCAGAAGAAGCCAUACCUAUCAAGGCCUCGCCGCUCGACAUUGAAGCCUUCAGAUCGGAAAUCAGCGUCAAGUACCCGACGUUCACCCCGCCUCCGGCCCCGGUUUCCGUCGCGGCUCCCAUCCCCGUGCCCGUCUCCACUUCUAAACUUGCACAGGCAUACUCCCCCAUCCCGGUCCGUCACCAUUACGAUCAUGAUGACACCGAGUCGCAGCAAUCAGGCAUGGCCUCCAACAUGCCUGGUCACCCGUUCCAGCAGAUCCAGCAGUCCAAUUCUGGCUUCCGGCAGAUCCCGCAACCCGCUACGCCCGCACCAAGUCCCCCUCCGCCGUCGCCGAAGCCGAAGAAGCAGCAGUUCCAGACGGACCAGAGUCGCCCGUUCCUAUUCCCCUUCUCGCGCAGCCAGACGAGGUACAACGGGUCACGACUCAUCCCUUUUGCUAUCGACGAAGCGGACAAGUUGUACACGAAGCACAUGUACACGAGUCUGUCGCUCUGGCAGAUGUGGCGGACUCGAGAAGAGUGUAUGACUUCUGAGAGCGGGCUAGAACGCAUGCCGGGUUCUGAACCAUUGAGCGAACCCAAGCUGGCGCCCACUGUAUCGCCGGAGGACGAGACCACAGAGACACUACCAGAUGUCGCAAUGCUUGACGCCAAGAUCGCAGAAACGGACGCCGCACUUGCGAAGGCAGAUACCAUUGCGGAAAAGCAACGGCUGCAGAACAGGAAGGAAGACUUCAUGCGACUGAAGCGAAUCGAGCAGAUCUAUAGUGCAGUGCUGCCCGUCUUGCAAGGCUGGGUACUCGUGUUACUGAAGCUGCUCCUCGCAACUGUCUCAGCGGCAACAGGAGCACCGACGCAAAAUGGCGCCGCAGCUGGCUUCCCCGUCUCAGCACCCUUAAACGAGCCUCCUGCUCCGCCUCCCACCCUUGAGGAGAUUGAUGUCACUAGGCACAGAGAGAUCAACUCCAAGGCGGUGUCUGCGAUCUUGUUGCUAACACUGAAGUGGUUCAAAGUUUCUCAUGCGAUGAAAUUCCAUCAUCUAGGCCAGCAGUUGCUGGACACGAAUUGUCUUCUACUGAUCUUGAAGAUGUUCGGUCUGCAGGAAGUAUCUGUCACCGUGGUGUCAAAGGCAGACUCACCGGAAAACAAUUUCUUCCACUACUGCCAGAGUAACUUCUCAAAGAACCCGCAAGGCGCGAGACUCGAUGACAAUGGGAGACCACCGCGGCAGACGAUCAUAAGAAUGACGACGCUGCCGAAUGGCUUGAAGCACGAGGAGGAGAUCGAUAUGCUGACCGACUUCUCGUGGCGAAACUUUUUCUCAGUGAUCAACUUUGCGAAGAUCAUGCAGAAGCUUUCGAAACAUCGGUCGCAUCGCAUAAGGAUGCUUGUUCAGUACAAGAGCUCGGCUGUACUCAAGCGCAUACUGAAAGUGCAGCAUCCGAUGCUGCAGCUCCAUGUGCUCAAACUUAUCAAGAGUCAAGUGCCUUUUUGCGGCAGAAAAUGGAGGCAGUCGAACAUGCAGGUCAUCACUGCGAUCUAUCUGAAUUGCAGACCGGAGCUAAGGGACGAGUGGCUCUCGGGCAACGAAGUGGAUGAUGUAUCGGACGCUCAGGCCCAAGAACAAGCGCUGCGGCACUUAGUCAAGUUCUACAAUACGAAGCGGUACGGCGCAGCGGCAGCGCAGCAUCCCGGUAUGCACAAGCGCGCCGCGAGCAUCUCACAUCAUCUCGAAGGCCUCCAUCCUGGACCGGAACUUUCGGGGCUGAUUCGGCCAGCUGGCACCCCCAGCACCAGUGACGCAGAUGUGUUCCCGCCGCUGCGUGCACAUGCCGUGGAACACUCGCAAAGCUUCCUGCCCUACACCACGGAGGACAUCGCGUUCGAGGAGGAAUACGAGGAGUACCUAUCGGACCUUGGCUGGUCGGAUAACAAGCACCACACACAAGGACAAACUCCCUUCUUCGCACCUGGGGGCACCUCGGCGUGGAGCAGGCUGCCCGAGUAUGCUGCUGACAUCGCAGACGGCAUCAGCGAUAGCGAGAGCAUCGUUUCUAUUGGGGAGCUGGGAGACGCGGCGCGGCUGGAUGUCGGGAAGGACGAUCGCGACGUGCCUGACGAGAACGUGAACAAUUGGGAGCACAUGAGCCCCAAGACGAUGGCGGCCCUGACGCAGAGCCCGGCACGCGGACGACGAUCGAGCUCCGAGAGCGGCUUGAGGCCCGUGAUGCCGUUCGACCUGUCCUCAGACGUCGGGAGUGCGAUCGAGGAGGCUGAGGAACAGGAACUAGGGCCCAUACCUCGAGAGCCGUCGGGUCCGUUCCACGCUGGCGCUGGCGUCGACGAGGUUGAAUACGCCUAUGGGUAA